AUGAGCUCUCCGUUAGCUCAUUCGCCACCUCUUCCAGGCGACCGACCCGCUAAGGAGCGUCUCAGCUGUGGCACUUGCGAGAAAACCUUUGUACACCUCAGGACUCGACACACACACUUGAUGAGAUACAAUCACGAACUCAAAGAAACCGUAAAUGUAUCAGUCCCCUUCUUCCUUCACCUGCGACGUCAAACCAUCAGAUGCCCAAUUUGUACCUUCAGGGCAAAAAACGUCAAGUCAACCAGGAGUUUCCUUACACACUUCUCCCGUCAUGGUAACAGCUAUAACCUACAGAUAGCCCACACUUGCUCAGUCUGCGCUGAAGUCAUGACAACGAACGAGGUCCAGCAACAUCUUGACAUGCAUCGCCUCAACCGUCUUGCGCUCACUCCAACCACAGCCAAACCUGACAACCAUGCCUCCCCUGACCCAACUCCAUCAAGUCCUUCCACAGUUGAUACCUCCUCAACCUCCUCCUCACCUGCAUCGUCCCCUCCGAUAUCCACGCCUCCACCCAAGUCUCCUGCGUCACUGGACAGCCAAUCCCUUCCUGAUACGCAACAUCCUCUAUCUCCCCUUGCUCCCUCUCCACCGAGUUUUUCCCCUCCUCACGAAACCUUACCCGACACCCAGAACCCUAUGUCUCCCGGUGCUCCAUCUCCUCCAAACCUUUCUCCUUCUCCUGAAUCGAAUGCUGCCCUUAUGCGUCGGUUCCUCGAAGCUUGUGGUAACACUCCUGCUCCCGCCGAACCUUUCAACCCAAUCACCCCAUCUCCUGCUAUUCCCCCCAUGAUGGCCAACAUCAUAACCACCCCCACACCUGAUCUUCCCUCUACUCGCCAACCUACACCUCCAAUGGUCGAUCACCCUCCAAUCACUCCACGCCCAAGAGCUGCAGAUUUCUUCGACCCACCUCCACCUGUCAUAGAAGAUCUGUCAGAAUCCGCAAAUCCCACCACACCUCCGCCUCGUCCAGGUACGCUCCCAGCCACUAUCUCACCCAACCUUACCUCAGCACCCACGGUCCAGAGCCCAAUUGGCGAAGAUCCUUCGACUGCCUCCUUCCCCUCUUCCCAGACCACCACGUCUCUCCAUGAUUUUCGGGAACGCUAUAACCUUGAAUUCGACGAAGACAUGGAUUUCCACGACUUCCAGCGCCUCACCAACCAAUUCGCAACUGAAGCUCUUGAUCUCGCCAGAACCCUUUCCUCCCAGCAACGCCCUCGCCCUGCUCCACGCAGACCAGACCGUCCUUCUGCUCGCCCUCCAAUCGAUCGCCGCCGUCCGCUUCCUGGAGAUCCUAUUGCUGCCAAACGCCUCCAACACCUUUAUCGCAUCUCCAAAAAACGUGCUGCCCGCCAAGUCUUUGGGGAUGAGAGCCCUAGCUUCGAUGGGACUAUUGAUGAUGCCACCACCUUCUUCACCAGCACUUUUGGCCCUCGGGACUGUGACACCAACAAGUUACUAGAAGAAUUGGCUUCCUUUGUUCCAUCUGCAACUGUAGACCAAGACUUAUUCUCCCCUCCUUCUCCUGAGGAGCUCGCCUCAAAGCUAAGAUCCAUGGCAAACUCAGCCCCUGGCAAAGACCGCCUCGAAUAUCGCCACCUCCGCCUCCUUGACCCACGGUGCCACAUCCUAUCCAAGAUGUUCCGCCACUGCUUCCUUGCCAAGGAUGUCCCUGCCUCGUGGAAGACUGCCACCACUAUACUCAUCCACAAGAAGGACUCCACCACCGACGCUAGCAACUUCCGCCCUAUUGCCUUGAUGUCUUGCCUCUACAAGCUCUUGAUGGCCAUCAUCGCAAAACGAAUGACAGCUUUUUCCAUCUCCAAUGACCUCCUCUCCCAGCAACAGAAGAGUGCCCGCCCUUGCGAAGGCUGCUACGAACACGCUUUCCUCCUUGACUCAAUCGUGAAAGAUGCACGCCGCCAACCUCGCCCUCUCUGUCUUGCCUGGCUGGAUAUUCGCAACGCUUUUGGCAGUGUUCCACAUUCAGCUCUGCUCACCACCCUCACCCACAUGGGUUUCCCCCCAGAUCUUAUCGCCAUGAUUGGAAAUGUCUACUCCGGCGCCACCACGGAAGUUGUCACACCUCUUGGAAAGACCCCACCGAUACCCAUCCACUCCGGUGUCAAACAGGGAUGCCCCCUCAGCGCCAUCCUGUUCAACCUUGCCGUCGAGCUCAUUAUAAGAAAGUGUAUCGCCAAAGCUGCAACCCUUCCCCGUGGACCCUUGAAACACCAUGGAUGUCCAAUCUCCAUCCUCGCCUAUGCAGACGACCUUGUGAUCCUUGCCCGCAACCAGCAAACCCUCCAGACACUCCUCGAUGCUGUCUCCUCUGCUGCUGACUGCCUCUCUCUCCAAUUCCGUCCAGACAAAUGUGCAAGCUUGUCCUUAGCCCGAUCUGCACCACGGAUUGCAUCCAACCAAUUCCGCGUACAGAACGAAACCAUCCCUGCCCUCCAACGGGAAGAACACUAUCGCUACCUUGGAGUACCCAUCGGCCUUCUUCCCAACAUCUCCAACCUCCAGAACCUUGUGGACGAACUUACAGCCAAAUUAGAAAAGAUCGAGCAAUCCCUCCUUGCCCCAUGGCAGAAACUCGAUGCUAUUCGCACGUUCAUCCAACCCUGCCUCACCUACGCCUUCCGCUCCACUGACCCUACAUCCAAGUCCCUCCAAUCCUACCGCUCCCAACUAAUAAAGACCAUCAAAGCUAUCUGCACUCUCCCAUCUCGUGCCACGCCCCACUACAUCUUUGCUUCCAAACAAGCUGGUGGCCUUGCCUUGCGAAAACCAUGUCCAGACCAUUGUCCAGGCCCUCAAAAUGCUGAACUCUGAAGAUCCAACUGUAUCUGCUGUCGCCAAACACGAACUCCGCCAAACCGUCCGCUUUGCUACCCAGUCCGACCCAACCUCUGCUCUAGUAUCCUGCUUCCUCUCCAACACCCCCGACCGCCGACUUGACUCAAUCAGAUCUCGUACUGGCUCCCUCUGGACACAGACUCGCCAAGCCACCAGAUCCAUAAAAGUCAUCUUCAACAUCCCUGACAUCGGUCCAUCUACCCUAAGCGCUCCAGAUUACACCGAUCCUGUCACCUCCAAGGAUGUGUGCCGCUUUCUUCACAACCUUGAACGAGACCAAGCCGCCCACAACCUACGUGACCUCCGUGAUCAAGGCAAAGUACCUCGAGCACUCUCCACUGAUAAAUAUGCCAAUGGUACCAACUGGCUUUUCACUGGCCUGAACAUUCGCUUUAAGGAUUGGCGCUUUAUCCACCGCGCUCGCCUCAACUGCCUCCCUACCAAUUCUGUCAAAAGCCGCUGGUCCAACUGCUCUCCCACCUGCCGCCACUGUGAAGCUGACGAAACCCUACCACACCUGCUAUGCCACUGCCCUAUCAACAUGCCUGCCAUCACCACUCGCCACAACAAAGUUGUCGAUCGCCUGACCAAUGCUGUACGCUCUGGAUCAAUCUCCACUGAUAAAACUGUCCAAGAUAGUGGAUCGCCAGUUCGCCCAGAUAUUGUCAUUGAGACAGACAACCAAGUCACCAUCAUCGACGUCUGCUGCCCCUUCGAGAACGGUCCUGAAGCGAUGGAGGAAGCUGUUGCUCGCAAAGAGGUCAAAUACCACCACCUCAAGACCUUCUUUGAAUCCCAAGGCAAAUCCUGUGACGUGUAUGGAUUCGCUGUUGGCGCUCUUGGAUCAUGGCACCCUGCAAACGAACGAAUCCUCACUGCUCUACAGAUGACACCCCGCUACAAGAACCUUUUCCGCAAACUCUGCUGCUCUGACGUCAUCCAAGGGUCUACCGAUAUCUAUCGACAACAUCUUGGUUGCGAUAAUGUCCUUCCUUAA